UAUUUGGUCACCCAAGCUGCAUAAAAGCAUAUUACCAGCGAGUUGUGGGCUUCUGUCAGAUCCUCAUUUUGGAAAAAAUGAGAUUCAAGGUUAUUUUUCUAAUAAUUUUGUUUAACAUACCAGGCUAUCAGGCCUACAACUGCACCUCGUGUGAAGAAACAACAUGCCCCCCAAUUCUAUUUGGCUGCGGCAGCAAUAGGGCAAUAGAUCCCUGUGGAUGCUGUGAACAUUGUGCCAGGGGAAAUAUGCAACCCUGUGGAGGUGAAAACUGGGAAAUCGGCUACUGUAAUAAUGGACUAAAAUGUGCCGCAGUAAAUGGAACAGGACUUGUUGAGAUUCCAAACAUAGGGAUUUGUAAAGAUCUAAAGGGGUUCCCAUACAAAGAAUAUUUUGAAGAUAAUGAUGAAAUCUGCCCAAAGCAAACUGGGUGUUACAGGGUGGUAGGAAAUUGUGAUUGUGUUACUAAACGUACCUGCAUUCUGGAUUUCUUCCAGUAUUCAGAAGAACAGUGCAACCCAAUGCGAGACUUCUUGGCCUGGGAAAGGGAGCAAGAAGAAGAGAAAAGUGAAAAAGAAAUAAAGUAUUGCUUUUGGAGCGGCUGUGAUAUCACUGAUGGGAAAUGUGUCUGUGAGUCAGGAAUCUGUGAUUUCAAUCGGAGGUUUCAGUUCAGAGACAUCUGGAAAUGUAAUGAAGCCCUUGUAAAGCAAAGGUGUUCCAAUGUGACGUGUCCUGAAGUGCAACCAAUUGAAUGUCCCAUUGAUUCAGUGCUCAGCCAACCCUAUACACCACAGGGAGACUGCUGUCCCAAAGUCCCCAGUUUCUGCACUUGUGAUUUUGGAAAAUGCGACAACUCGUGCCCAAAAGGAAGAAGGAAAGUCAUGAUUUGGAAGAGUAAUGGAAUCCCUGGAAGCUGCUGUGAUAGAUUUCGGUGCCUUAUCUAGAUUAGUAAUGAAUUCUCUUUUAAUCUCUUCAGACUGAAAAUGCAUUGGUUGGUUAGUUAUCAUGUUACAAUCAGAUUGGUCAUCACCAUAUAAUCCUUAUAUGAACUUUAAAUAAGGGUGACUUAGUGGGGCAAUACUCUUACUUUCUAAUUUUUACUGAUUUUUACUGUUUUUCUCAAAUUUACAUUUUAAAAAUAAAUUGGUUUCAUUUUACCUUCUAUGUUAUUGAUAGCAGCUCAGUAAGCCAGUUAGAUCCAAUUAUUGAUACAAUUCGGUGCAGCAGCAACCUCACCCCUACUGAACUUACUCUUAAUUUCUCAGAGCUUUUCUAGAGUCUGUAACAAGAUAACUGUUACAAUUUAAUCCAUUAGUUGCUGCCAUGGCCAGUGACCAGUACACCGAAUUAAAAUAACCUUGUCUAAUAAGCAAGACUGACUGAAAAGGGAAAUGUGAGAUACUAGCUCCUGCACUAUGGGUUUAGCCUCACAACUGUUGAUUCCACAUGUGUAUUAACCAAUCAUAACAAAUGAUACUUGCAUAUCUUAAUUAAGGUCCAAUGAGCUGUUUAGCUAAUGUAUGUAAUAAAAAAAUAUGUUGAUGAUGUUUGUGCCAGGGAACAAAAGCUGUGAUGUAAGCAGCAGACAAUUUGAAGCUGCUGAAUCCUAUGCUGGUAUUCUGAGCUUGGUGCACUGGAUCAAUAAAUUUCCUUCUCUUAUCGAGCAUUA